UGGCAUUAUUCCGCAGGAACUGAAAUGUUCUAAAAUAGUUGCUUUUCAAUCGUCGAAGAAAGGAAUUCAGGCAUAAAAAAAUAUCCAUCUCAACAUGUUUAUUUUCAUACGUUAUGGUGAUGACCAGCAACUGGCUGUGAAUCCUUGCUGUGCAGCUAUUAAUUUCCUAAACUAUAUAAAGAAUCAAGUAGGGCUAUGUUCAGCAGACAGCGUAGACCUCUGUGACGAGGCUGGCUCGAUAGCUGGUCUUCUUGAGUUUCAACCCCUAGAGCAAGCGCUGACUCUGCUUACGCCCAAAGCUACCUACAUACCCAUGCUAAUCACAAAAACAGGCAGCAUCCCUGAGUAUACGCCAAUGCUGAAUGAGGUAGAAACCAUCUGUCCAGGAUUGAUGAACAAGCUGAAGCGAAAUCAGGCGAAGUCCGCCGACGGCAAGCAUAUGCAGCGCCCUCUGUCUGCGGGUAAGUCGCACGCGCAGCAGCAGCCCACCACCGGGGGGCGCCCCGGUCAACGGCUCGCCGUCGCCGCGGACAGGGCGGCCGACGCCAAGAGAUCUCCGAGUUCGCUGAUAAAAAACAUGGCGAAGAAGUCGCAGCGCGCGUGA